AUGACAGUAUACUUGUAUAGAGAAAUGGGUAUGCCUGCAGUAUAUGGAGCGCUUAUCGUUGUGGCUGCUGUUCCCUUCCAAAUAUAUCUUGGAACUUCCACUGCUUUUUAUAGGAGUGACACCGCAUUAAAAUCAGACGAAAGAGUUAAAUUAAUGAAAGAAAUUAUAAUGGGCAUUGAGGUGAUUAAAAUGUACACCUGGGAAGCACCAUUCAGAAACAUUAUCGACACCGUUCGACGGCAAGAAAUACUGAGUAUCAAAAUGUCGUCGUACAUCCGUGGCGUGAUAAUGUCUUUCAUAAUGUUUACGGCGCGCUUCAGCAUUUUUAUCACCGUUCUUCUUUAUGUCACCUACGUGGACCGUAUCACCGUGGAGAACGUUUUCUUCCUCACUUGCUACUACAACAUUAUGAGGCAAACUAUGACUCUGUUUUUCCCACAGGCUGUUGGGCAAAUCGCAGAAAUGCACGUAGCGAUACAGCGAAUCCGUGACUUUUUAAUGAGCGAGGAAUGUCACCUGCCAACUCGCGAUCAGAUUUCAACUGAUAAUAAAUUUCGAAAAAAGAAACCAAAAAAAAGAGUAACAAUUUCAAGCUCGCUUACAACUAUAAUAGGAGCAGUUGGUUCAGGCAAGUCCACAAUAUUACACAUGAUGCUCAGUGAGCUACCCACCUCUAGUGGCAGCAUGAAAGUAACCGGCAAUGUGAGCUACGCUAGUCAAGAUCCAUGGUUAUUUGUUGGUGAGAUUCUGGAACAGGAAUUAGCAAUCAUACAACUAAUGCAAGAUAAAACUCGUGAAGUACGUGAAGAAGAGUCUACACCAAAUCUGCAAAGUCAAUCGAUGCUUCUACCCAGCGCAGUCAGCUUAACGCGACGCCACCUGUCAAUAAUACUAGGCAUUUCUAGCUGUGCUGAUCAAGAACUAGAAGCAGAAGCACAGGCCACAGGAAGAGUCCGUGGAUCGGUGUACAAAGAAUAUUUCUUAGCAGGCACAUCUUACAUCUAUGUUUUUAUUGUCUGUAUGAUGUUCAACCUCGCGCAGUUUUUUGCUAGCGCCAGUGACUUUUGGAUAAGCAGAUGGAGUCUCAUUGAAGACCAUUUGACGGGAGACCCUACCAUAGACAACUUGAUAUGGUCACAAGGCGGCUUGUAUCGCAACCAUUACGUUGUUAUAUUCGGCAUUCUUACAAUUGCGACCGUCGCCGUUGCCCUAUUUCGAGCUUUUCUGUUCUUUUCGCUGUGCAUGAAGUCCUCUAUAAAGUUACACGAUCAAAUGUUCGAUUGCAUAUCACAAUCGCCUAUGAGUUUUUUCCACGCAAAUCCAUCAGGCAGAAUAUUGAAUCGUUUUAGCAAAGACAUGGGAGCUGUCGACGAGCUAUUGCCACAAGCAAUGUUAGAUUGUUUUCAAGACAUUUAUAUAUACUCAUCAGCUCGUAGUCCAGUAUUCGGUCACGUAAACGCAACGGUAUUGGGUCUUGCAACGAUCCGCUCAUUUGGCGCGCAACAGCUGCUCACGCAAGAGUUUGACCGCCAUCAAGAUCUGCAUAGCGCGGCGUGGUACCUCUUUAUCACGUGCAGCCGAGCCUUUGGAUACUUCCUCGAUAUUAUCUGUUUACUGUUUAUUAUCUGCGUCACGUUCAGUUGCUUGAUGAAAACCGAUAUCGAAGGCAGUAAUGUCGGUCUUGUUAUAACUCAGUCGAUAUCCCUAACUGGUAUAUUCCAGUGGGGUAUGCGGCAGUCAGCAGAGAUGGAGAAUCAAAUGACUAGCGUAGAAAGAGUUCUUGAAUAUACAAAACUGCCACAGGAACCUGCACUGAAAAUUGGGGCUGAUAAAGCACCUCCUGAGGAUUGGCCGUCGGAAGGAGCUAUACAAUUCGAUAACCUCAGUUUAAAAUAUACUCCUGAUGGCAACUACGUGCUUCAUAAGUUAAACUUUGAUGUUCGUCCACAAGAGAAGAUCGGCAUCGUGGGUAGAACUGGUGCGGGGAAGUCCUCCAUAAUACAAGCUAUGUUCAGACUAGCGUAUUUGGACGGAUCACUAAGAAUUGAUGGCAUUGACAUAUCUACAAUUGGUCUACAUGAUUUAAGGGAAAAAAUAUCCAUUAUUCCUCAGGAGCCAGUGUUAUUUAGUGGAACGUUGAGAAAAAAUUUGGAUCCUUUUAACGAGUUCCCCGACGAACUGCUGUUAAAAGCUUUAAACAAUGUCGAGUUGCUUAAUAUUGAAGAAGGUGUAGGCGCUUUAUACAAACAAGUAUCCGAGUGCGGAACUAACUUCAGUGUAGGUGAGCGCCAGUUGGUGUGCCUAGCGCGCGCUAUUGUACGCAAUGAGCGCAUUUUGUUGCUGGACGAGGCGACCGCCAACGUGGACGCACAGACCGACGCGCUCAUUCAAACCGCGAUCAGACUGCAUUUUAGUGGAUGUACUGUAAUCACUAUAGCCCACAGGCUCAACACCGUCAUCGACUCAGAUAAAGUGAGCUCACAUUACAAUUCACUACUUUUUAAUAGCCCGUAG